CCAGAAGGCGACUGAGUCACAAUCGAUUACAGGGCGGUGCAAGUUUUCAGGCUAACAAGCAGAUCUCAAGAUGCCCCAGUAUUCUACAGACUUUGUCGAUACAAGAAGGCAAGCUCAUGAGAACAUCAGUAGAGCCAAUGGUCCAAAUAUUCAAGCUCAAGGUGUGCUGAAAAAAGCUUCUGUUCUUAAUGGCUGCCUAUCUGGAAGGACACAACCUGCAGUCAAAUCGAAUUUCACCAAGCCACCAUACGUGCUUAAUGGAUAUUUAAAGCAUGGCUUUAAGGGCGAUGAUAACAAAGCAGCACCUGCAAGGACUCAUGAAAAACAAAGAAACACAUUUUCAGCUGUAUGUGGUCCUGCAUUGGCUGGAAGAGGCAGCCAUGGCAGCGCUCCAUGUGGCAUCUUGGUCAACGGGACCAGCAGAGGGCACCACGUGUUGACCACUUCUAAGCCACAGGCAACAGGAUUUGGACCACCUGCGACAAUCAGGGUGAAGAAUCAGAGAUGGGGAAGGAAAAAGGGCCAUAAGAAAAGAGACUCAUCGCACGAAUGUCCUGAGAAGCCAACACAGCAAUUGACACCGCCACUGGAGGAGGAAGACUGGGAAAGUGAGUGCCAAGCCAACUGCGAAAAGAAAUUUGGAGUCCAACCAUAUGGUCCAGAAGAUGUACUACAGUUUGCUUUGCAGGAUUUAACACGGGAGCAAUGGGAGUUGGGAACUGUACCCAAUUACAGCCCAGCCAUACAUCACUCACACCCACUCCAGUGGAACUGCCCCAGCACCAGUACGGAACCUGAACAGUUUGCAGAUGCAGAUGAGUAAACCAACUAGAGAAAUUCUGUAUUAGUAGCACCAUCAUUCAAUUCUAUCAGCCUUGUUAGCCAGUAAUGGCAGUGUGGGGAAUUGCAUUGUUUUUCAUCAAGGAGAUUCCAUGCUUAGAAUAUUUGUUUCAGAAGAGAUCUCUGGUUUUUGGCCUUAGCACAAGGAUAAGUUAAAAUAAUGUUGUAUAAAAAUGUUUUUUAUUUUGCUGUAGCUUUUAUUUAAUAUUUUAUAUUUGUAUUUAUUUGUAUUUUUUUUUAUUAAAAUGAAAACUAAGUACAUUUUUUAAUAGUGCUGGAUGUGUAUGUUUUGUGCUUUGUGAAUGUUUCUGGUUUUUAGUCUGUUCUAACAUUUUUGUGUUUUUAAUUUUCAACCAGUAAUAGUUAGAGUUAAUCAUAGUCUAUUACUUUAGUUUUAACUAAAGAUUUGUUAGUGUUUUGAGGCCCCUGGUUUGUCAGUUUUAGUGAUUCUGUUUUAUUCACAUCCUGAUAGAAAGAACAAUAUGUCAUUGAGUUGUUCUGACCCACAUUUUCAUUUUGACAACAAAAAUAAAUGUAAUGUUCUGACGGUCAAACCAUGCUUCAUAGUUUUGACAAGUACUGUAGGUGUCUUGUUAACCUCAGUUUAGAAGGGAAUUGCUGUAGCGAUGACGGUAUCUGGCCACUAGAUGGCAGACCUGUUGCAGCUUUUUGACGUUUCCUCACAGCAGUGGGAGUUGAGUGGGUUCAUUUUCAAGGACUCACUUGCAUACUGACUACAUUUCUCCCUGGAGUUUCAUUCUUGAAGCACGUAAUGAUGAUACAGGUCACUGUUAGUGGGCCAAUUAAUGGUGUUUUUAUCAUAUUAAACCCUUUACAUCCACAGUCACCAUGUUAAUUAAUAAAAUGAGCUAUUCUAUGCUCCUGUGAGAGCUGUAGCCUUGUGCUGUGAUGGCAUACAGUAUUUUAUAGAGCUCCGAGUAAAUUUAUCUAUUAUAAUAUUUAUGCAUUUACUUCAUCAGCAUUUUAUGAAAAACAAUCAACAUACCUUUCAGUGGGCAACAGGCGGGAAUGCCAACUAGAAGAAUAUGUAUUACAAUACACAUUAUGUAUUUUUUUAAAUAAAUCUUCAUUGCACCGAUGUAAACCUAUAUAAAAUGUAACAUU